AUGCAAUUCAAGAUCCUUUUCGUCGCCACCACCCUCGCCAUGAGCGCCUCAUCCGCCUACGCCGUCACAGGAAAGUUCUGGUGCAACGCUACCAAGGGCUCCAGCGCCGACUGCGUCCUCCCUGGCGUCGGCCCGACCUACGCCUGCGGCGAAGCCCAAGGCGCAUCCGGAUAUCAGUCGAGCUCGAGCCGCAAGUAUUGGACCAAUCUUCCGAGCUGGGGCAAGCCGAGGGGAGAGGAGAGCAAAUUACGCAUGAUUGGGGAGGCUAGACUUCUCGCGUCGUUUGUUGCAAGCAAUACAUCGUCGUUGAUCGAACCUGAGCACGACGAGCUCCUAAGACUAACGGUGCCGAACAGCAAUAUACAUUAUUCCUGA